AUGACAAUUUACGAGAUUGCUGAUCAAUUAACUGAAGAGCAGAUAGCCGAAUUCAAGGAAGCUUUCUCCUUAUUUGACAAAGAUGGCGACGGAACUAUUACGACGAAAGAAUUGGGCACAGUUAUGCGCAGUCUCGGACAAAAUCCCACUGAAGCCGAAUUACAAGAUAUGAUCAAUGAAGUUGAUGCCGACGGUAAUGGCACAAUCGAUUUUCCGGAGUUUUUAACAAUGAUGGCACAUGGAAAUGGAUUCAUAUCUGCAGCUGAGCUUCGUCAUGUUAUGACUAAUUUGGGUGAAAAACUCACUGAUGAAGAAGUUGAUGAAAUGAUUCGAGAGGCAGAUAUUGACGGAGAUGGUCAAGUUAACUACGAAGAAUUCGUAACAAUGAUGACGUCGAAAUAA